GCAGGUGGCGGUAAUGAGACAACGAGCCGCUUUACGAACAGCCAACAAAGCGCCGAUUAAAACCAAGUCAUCAAACUGCGACACAGACGCACUGCAGUGCAGCCGUACUUAAGCCGUGACUUUAAUGCAUUAUGAGUUUGUUUGGAGCGGCCUCCACCUUUGGAACGGGAGGAACUGGUGUUUUUGGAAGCACAACAACUGACAGCCAUAAUCCCAUGAAGGAUGUCGAAGUGACCUCACCUCCAGAUGACAGCAUCAGCUGCCUGGCGUUCAGUCCUCCCACCAUGCCAGGCAACUUUCUUAUUGCGGGAUCCUGGGCUAAUGAUGUCCGGUGUUGGGAGGUGCAGGACAACGGACAGACCGUCCCCAAAGCCCAGCAGAUGCACACAGGUCCGGUGCUGGAUGUCUGCUGGAGCGAUGAUGGGAGUAAAGUGUUCACUGCUUCGUGUGACAAGACGGCUAAGAUGUGGGAUCUUAACAGCAAUCAGGCGAUGCAGAUUGCACAGCAUGAUGGUCCGAUUAAAGCCAUCCACUGGAUAAAAGCUCCAAACUACAGCUGUAUCAUGACGGGGAGUUGGGAUAAAACACUGAAGUUUUGGGACACUCGCUCUCCCAAUCCCAUGAUGUCCCUGCAGAUGCCUGAGAGAUGCUACUGUGCUGAUGUUGUGUACCCCAUGGCAGUGGUAGCCACAGCUGAAAGAGGCCUUAUAGUGUACCAGUUAGAGAAUCAGCCUUCUGAGUUUCGCAGAAUAGACUCUCCUCUCAAACAUCAGCACCGCUGCGUUGCCAUAUUUAAGGACAAGCAAAACAAACCAACGGGUUUUGCACUGGGAAGCAUCGAGGGCAGAGUGGCCAUCCACUACAUCAACCCGCCAAACCCAGCCAAAGAUAACUUCACCUUCAAGUGCCACAGGUCCAAUGGAACCAACACAACCACUCCACAGGACAUCUAUGCUGUCAACGCCAUCUCCUUCCAUCCUGUCCACGGUACCUUGGCUACCGUGGGCUCAGACGGGCGCUUCAGCUUCUGGGACAAAGACGCCCGCACCAAGCUGAAGACCUCCGAGCAGCUUGACCAGCCCAUCACAGCUUGCUGCUUCAACCACAACGGCAACAUCUUCGCAUACGCCUCGAGCUACGACUGGUCAAAGGGCCACGAGUACUACAACCCCCAGAAAAAGAACUACAUCUUCCUGAGGAACGCCGCCGAGGAGCUGAAGCCUCGGAACAAGAAAUGAUUCGUCGUGCCAAGUCGCACCUCUCGUGGGGAAUAGCGGAAGACCUGCUGCUUUAGUGUGCGUGUAUGCGUUCGAGACAUACUCCUUCCUUUCAACAGACGUCUGGACCAAUGCCGUGGCUCUCUGAGGCUGUGUACGGACCAAUCAGAGGGGCCAGCUCAUCUCGAUGUUGCAUGAUAGUUGGCCUUUGAGGUCUUCAUAGAAGGGGAGGGCUGUAUUUGUUGUUCGUCUUGAAUUAUUUUUUUUUUUAUUACCUGAUAAUUUCAGUAUGUCCAGAGGUUUUUUUUUUUUUUCUUUUUCUUUUACCCAAAACUUUCAAAACUUUUUUUUUUUUUCACCUUGUAAUUUGCUGUUGCUUAUUGUUCGAUUAAAGAUACUGGGACGUAAAAUAAAUAAGUGCAUACUCUUAGA